UCGGUAACAUUGUUUAUGAAGAGUUUGGUCAACGUGAGAUUUGACAAUUUUCGCUGUUUUUUUACGAAUUAAAGUUGAUUUGAAUUCGUAAUUUGUUUGUUGGAAAAAUGAUGGACAAAGAAACAAGAUGUCCCAAUUGUGGUACGACCAAAUAUGCAAAUGUCAAUCUGCGUAUGAUGGUCAAUGUUUGUGGCCAUUCUUUAUGUGAAUCUUGUGUUGAACUAUUGUUCGUCAAAGGAGCGGCUAAAUGCCCCACUUGUCAGGUAUUAUUGAAACGAGUUCAAUUUCGAAUUCAACUUUAUGAUGAUGAAACAGUGGAAAAAGAUCUUGAAAUUCGUCGUCGUUUGCUAAAAGAUUUAAGUCUGAAAGAAGAUGAUUUCGAUUCACUUAAAGAAUACAAUGAUUAUCUAGAAUUAUUCGAAACAUUUGUUUAUAAUUUGGCUAAUGAUAUCGAUAUUCUUGAAACGAAUCGACAAAUCGAACAAUUUAAAAUUGAUAAUGCAGACAGACUGGCUAAAAGUAGAAACAAAAUCUCCAAAGACAUGGAACUAAUACAACAAUUGCUUGAGGAAGAAUUAACCGAACAAGGUAAUCGUUCAAUGAUGGAUAUGGAAGAUGAUACGAAUCUUGCUGCACAAAAAGUUGCAAAAUAUAAAGAAAAUUUACUUGAUGCAUUAGUUCAAUCCGAUAUGCCAGCUGAAUUGAUAUUGAAAACACAUCAAAAACAAGCUGAAAAUGAAUUGGCUGCUAUUGAUGAAAUGGAACAAAAGCGUCAACAAGAAACUUUGCGAGUAAAACGUCAGCAAAAAGUGAUCACAUCAACUGGUGUUCGUUUGGGUCAGAAUUCCAAAGCGUUGGCCAAAGAAUUUGAUGAUGAAAUUCAAGGUGAACGAUUUAUUUAUGUACCACUUAAAAUGCCAAAUGUUGGUCCACCAUGUCCAACACCACGAACAAUUGAACAAAAACAAUAUCAACAACAUGUACGUGCCGCUGGACCAUCCGAAUUGGCCGGUGGUUUUCUUUCCAUCUAUCCAUGUCAACGUGCUCUACAAGAAGCUAUUAUGGAUUUAACAUUUGUACCUCGUAUCAUGGAAUCUAAUUAAUAAUUGUUCAUUUUC